ACUCGACCACCAUAGAGACACUGGUGUCGAAUGGGCGGGUUUUUUGUGUUUCGUAAACAUUCAUCGCAUAAGUUAACAACAAGUGGAUCCGUUUACAACGUGAACGUCGAUGAGUAGCUUUGUUUCAGUGUAACGUGUAUGAGGGUAAACGGAUGGAUCCACAGCCUUUCAGCAGUGUGCUGGUGCGGCGGCUCACUUUAAGCCGUUAAACUCAUGGAUUCGAAGCACCUCAAAUCGAGCGGAGCAUCUAGGAAACUCAACUUCCUGCCCAACAAGGAAAUAUCACCCAAGCAACGGGGGAGGGGGGUCCCUCUGGACGCGUUAGAUGGGCUGCUUGACAAUCUGGAUUCCUCCUUGGAUGGCUUCAAUAUCAUAAUUCCGAUGCCCAUCACCACUUCUGGAGCGGAAGAGAAAGAGGAGGCCCCUUCUUCAGGAAAUAUCCAACCUUUCUCCGUGGGUCCCAAAGGAGAACCUCAACCACCAGCGAGACCGGUGAAGAACAAAGAACAUAACUUGGUUGGUCUAGAGGCCAGCAGUCUGUUGGUAGAGCACUACCCGAUCAACACCUCCAGUCCCUUAGAGGCGAAGCACCAAAGGGUCAUGGAGGCUUCCCCCGAUCGCUUCCUCUGGGACCAUGAGGGAGACCCUGAAGACCAGCCAAAGACCAGCAGGCCCUCCAUGGCAAGGGACCACUCCUCUGAGCCUUUCCAGCAACCUGCAGCCAGUUCAGAGCCGCCAGUGUGGAGACCGGGGACUAAUCUCCCGUCCUCCUCCUCGGGGUCCAGGGCCUCCUUCAUCCAGAAGCUCAGAGCCACCGGCCUCUCUAGAGCACCGCGGGAGUCUCCGGUCAAGGAGCCAGAACCUUCCUGGGAGCCAGAGGAGGAGCCAGAGGAGGAGUUCCUGAUCAGUGAAGAUGACCCCCCUGCCUGGAUCACCCUCCUCAGGAAGAAGAAUCCAAGCAGCUACAAACAGAAAUGUCCAGAUGCUCUACCGGGUAGGAACGACUACGGCGUUGGCCAGCCGUCCUCUCCGAACUGGGCACUGGAGAGCGAGACAGGGCAGAAGGACGAGACACGGGCCCCCGGGCGCGGAGGGGAACCCGCCGGGUUGGAGGAGGACAGGGCUUGGAACAAGAAGAAGGAGAAGAAGGAGAAAGCUGCCGCUCCAUCACAGCCUUCACCUAAGAAGAGCGCUUGGAAGAGGGCUAAGUCAAAGGGGACAGACAGCCCAACGGAGAUGGUAGAGCAGGAGCCCUCGCCCUUGAUGGAUGUGGUGAACAACGUAGAGGACUGUGAUAAAAAGAAGCCGGGUAGGAAGAAGGUGACCAAGGAGAGGGUGCCAGCUCACAACAGGCCAAAGGUUCAACCCCAAAAUCAAAGCAGCCCCAGCCAAGCGGUCAAAUUAAAAACGGCUCCGACCUGGGAAAACAAGGAGCAAAGUUCUUCUUCUGUCCUGAAGAAGUCCAAAUCUACCAAGGGCCCCCAACAAGAAAUGGAGAGAAAAAAGAAGACAAAGGCAGGGAAGGCUGUCAAGAUGAGGAAGAGGGAAGAGAUGCUGUUGUCUGAGUCUCCUGCCAGAAGCACUCAGGAGGAGCAGAUCCAGCAGGAGAGCAUGAACAAUGAGGCAGAACAUGUCAGUAUUGAACCUCCCUGGGAGCCAGAGGAGGAGCCAGAGGAGGAGUUCCUGAUCCGUGAAGAGGACCCCCCUGCCUGGAUCACCCUCCUCAGGAAGAAGAAUCCAAGCAGCUACAAACAGAAAUGUCCAGACGCUCGGUUGGAGGAGGGCAGGGCUCGGAACAAGAAGGAGAAGAAGGAGAAAGCUGCUGCUCCAUCACACCCUUCACCUAAGAAGAGCGCUUGGGAGAGGGCUAAGUCAAAGGGGACAGACAGCCCAACGGAGAUGGUAGAGCAGGAGCCCUCGCCCUUGAGGGAUGCGCCGAACAACGUAGAGGACUGUGAUAAAAAGAAGCCGGGUAGGAAGAAGGUGACCAAGGAGAGCAUGCCAUCUCACAACAGGCCAAAGGUUCAACCCCAAAAUCAAAGCAGCCCCAGCCAAGCAGUCAAAUUAAAAACGGCUCCAACCUGGGAAAACGAGGAGCAAAGUUCUUCUUCUGUCCUGAAGAAGUCCAAAUCUACCAAGGGCCCCCAACAAGAAAUGGAGGAGAGAAAAAAGAAGACAAAGGCAGGGAAGGCUGUCAAGAUGAGGAAGAGGGAAGAGAUGCUGUUGUCCGAGUCUCCUGCCAGAAGCACUCAGGAGGAGCAGAUCCAGCAGGAGGGCAUGAACAAUGAGGCAGAACAUGUCAGUAUUGGUCUGGCAAUCCCUAAGGUUGGACCCCUGCUGACCUCUGAAGUCUCCAGCCAUCCCCCUAGGAAGAGGCCUUGGGAGCGGGGCCUUAGCCUCCCCUCCAGCCCAGAGGAGCCAGGGGGACUGCCCGCUCUAAAAAAGCAGGCCCACAAGCAGAACCCCAGGAGACCCAAACCCCUCCUAGGCUCCCCUGAACCGGCUCCAGACUGCGGGACUGGGAGGUACCCCAGGAUCAGAAACUGUCCUGGGGAAUUGUGGAAGGUCUCAGACGCUCUCCCAGACGGGGAUAUCCUGCCACCAGUACCACUACCACCACCACCCGGCAGACCUCAGUCCAAGCAGCGAGGCAGACCGCAGUCCAAGCAGAGGAAAUCCCUCAACCCGCCCACGGCCCCAGAAUCCACCACCACGGCUGAGUCCAAGCCCUUCAAACAGGGCAAAAUGUUUUCGGCUCCAAAGACCAUCCGGCGCUCUCUGGCCACGUUCCACGACAUCUUUAGCCAGUCAGCGGUGGUGUCUCCUCCGGACAACACCCGGGAAGAGGCUGAGGGCGGCAAGAGGAGCCGGAGGAAGAGGUCCAUUGGGGACUCCAACAUCGGGCCCUUGGAUGCCCUCAACAGCAGCGGGCCACCGCUGAUCAUAGAGGCCCCUGCAGGCCCCAGCUGCAGCACCAGGCUUAGUUGGCCCCCCAAUAUCGCACCCCCCCAGCCCACCAAGAGGCCCUCAUCCAGCAUGUUGAAGGGUUUCCAGAGCGGCCCGUCCUCCUUCGUAGACCUGGAACAGCAUGAAGAGGAUGAACUCGCAUCUCCCCAGUGGACCAGAACCCAGUCCUCCUACUGGCUGUCCUUGGGGCUCUACGCGGCCCCUUUGGUUCCCAUGGUCCUGCAGGACCAAGAUGCGGCCAACCUGGAGGAGUGGCUGGCCAUGCUGUGGCCCGCCCCCGCCCAGGAGCUGUCGAGCCAGGCGGGCUCGGAGGCCUUUGAGUGGUUCUGCCAUCAAGGCCGGGUCAUUGGCCUCCGGAUGGACAUGUGGUCAGAGUCCAUGUGCAACGGAGAGAUCAUCCUGUCCUCCUCCAUGAAGAAGCCCCUCUGGGUGGACCACUGCGCCACUACCGUCUUCUACGUGUCGACCAGCCACGUGCUUCUGACCCUGAACGCGGUGGACUUCCGCUACAAGGGCGGCCAAUCCUUCGUGGUCCCAUGUGGACAAGCCUACAGCCUUGAGAACUCGGGAGACGAGCCUGCCCUCCUCUUCUUCUCACGGGUACAGGUCUAGAGCCCGGGGUGGCCGUGUGGUCCAGGACACGCACACAGGUUAUGUUUAGUUAUUUUGUUAAGUAUUUAGCAGUUUGCCUCUAGGUGGCAAUGUUUACCCCUUCUUAUAAAUAAAAUCAGAUUCAAGUCCAGAACAAGUGCUGCUACAUUUAUUGAGAAACAUUUGUUAUCAAGGAAUGAAGGUACAUUUUUGUAUGAGUUGUAUUUUUGUCAUUGUUAUGACCGCAUUGCUCAAGCAUGACAUAACAAAUAGUAGCGUGUUAUGGACUGGUGUAGUGAGUGUGCAACAAAACUAAAAUAAAGAAGAAGAGGGUUUGGCAACAGCAGCUGCUGUCACCCAGGCAGCGAGAGACCGAAA